AUGGGCAGUCUCUGCGGCAAACCGUCCCCCACCGGCACCCCCGCGCGCAACUCGUUGCUCCCCACGUUCGCCAGCGGCUAUGGAGAGCUAGACAACGGGGAGCAGCCGGCGCCGCCAAAUGCGAGGGUUGCGGCCGCGGCGGCGGCGGAGAAGCGAAGUACGAGUACGGCGCAGAAGGGCAAGCGGGGGCAGCAGAAGAGGAAGACGGUGGUGAAGGAGGGUGGGGAGGUGAAGGUGGAGGGGGAGGUGAAGGUGGAGGCGGAGGGGAAAGAGGGGAAGGAGGUGUGGGAUUAG